AUGUUCCCCCAGUACCUGAUUCAGAUACCAGAGGCCUUAGUUAUUAAUGACCCUGACUUCCAGCAUGAGGAUCUGAACUUCCUGUCCCGUAGCCAACGCUAUGAGGAAGCCAUCAGGAAGAGCUCCCUGAUGGUGAUGAAGUUGAGAGAAUAUGGAAUUGCAGAUCCAGAUGAGAUCUACUGGUUUAAAAGAGCAUGCUUGGGCAAUUUUCAGGAACCUUUCAGUCUCCACUUCAGCAUGUUUCAAAAAACCAUGGAGACCCAAACGACUGAUGCUCAGAAGGAGAAGUGGCUGCCUCUGGUCCGUGGCGUCGAGAUAAUUGGCACCUACGCCCAAACCGAAGUGGGACAUGGAACUCAUCUUCGGGGUCUAGAAACUACAGCUACUUAUGACCCUGCUACCCAGGAGUUCAUCCUCAACAGCCCCACUGUGACCUCCAUCAAAUGGUGGCCAGGUGGACUUGGGAAGACAUCAAACCAUGCCAUUGUGCUGGCACAGCUCUACACUCAGGGCCAGUGCAAAGGGCUGCACGCCUUCAUCGUUCCCAUCCGGAAGCUGGGCACCCACGAACCUCUGCCAGGUAUUACAGUGGGUGACAUUGGGCCAAAAUUUGGUUAUGAUGAAAUAGAUAAUGGCUACCUGAAAAUGGACAACUUCAGAAUUCCUCGGGAAAACAUGCUGAUGAAAUAUGCUCAGGUUGAACCAGAUGGUACCUAUGUGAAACCACUUAGUGACAAGCUGACCUAUGGGACCAUGGUGUUCAUCAGGUCCCUCAUUGUGGGUGACUCAGCUCGCUCCCUGUCCCGGGCUUGUACCAUCGCCAUCCGGUACAGCGCCGUGAGGCACCAGUCCGAGCUAAAGCCUGGGGAACCAGAACCUCAGAUCUUGGAUUAUCAGACCCAGCAGUACAAACUCUUUCCUCUCCUGGCAACAGCAUAUGCUUUUCACUUUGUGGGAGCCUACAUAAAACAGACCUAUCUUCGUAUCAGUGGAGACAUCAAUGAAGGGGAUCUGAGUGAGCUGCCAGAGCUCCAUGCACUGACAGCAGGGCUGAAGGCGUUCACCUCCUGGACUGCCAACGCCGGGAUCGAGGAGUGCCGGAUGGCGUGCGGCGGGCACGGCUACUCGCGCUGCAGCGGCAUUCCCGACAUCUAUGUCACCUUCACCCCCUCCUGCACCUAUGAGGGAGAGAACACAGUCAUGAUGCUGCAGACAGCCAGAUUCCUGGUCAAAAGCUACAACCAGGUUGCUUCUGGGCAGCGGGUGACUGGCAUGGUGUCCUACCUGAACGACCUCUCCAGGCAGCGCAUCCAGCCGCAGCGCGUGGCUGCCAGGAGCGCGACUGUGCGCAUCAACGAUCCAGCCGGCUUGACAGAGGCCUACAAGGCAUGUGCUGCCUGGCUUGUGGAAACUGCAGCAAAGAACUUGCAAGCUGAACUGAACCACAGAAAGAGCAAGGAGGAUGCCUGGAACAGAACUUCUGUUGAUCUUGUGCGAGCAUCUGAGGCACACUGUCACUAUGUGGUAGUGAAGCUCUUUGCAGCAAAGCUGUCUGAGGUCAGUAAUGCAGCUGUCCGUGCUGUCCUGACUGAUCUGUGUCUCCUGUAUGCCCUCUAUGGGAUCAGCAAGAAGACAGGGGAUUUCUUGCAGGCGGGUAUUCUGAGCGAUGCCCAAAUCACCCAAGUGAACCAGCGUGUGAAGGAGCUCCUGGCUACCAUCCGUCCCAAUGCAGUAGCCCUGGUGGACUCCUUUGACUUCCAUGAUGUACAUCUGGGGUCUGUGCUUGGCCGGUAUGAUGGCAAUGUCUAUGAGAACAUGUUUGAGUGGGCAAAGAAAUCCCCACUGAACAAAACACAGGUUCAUGAGUCUUUUCACAAACACCUGAAGCCACUGCAAGCCAAGCUGUGA